AUGGUAGCCGUCACCUAUAAGGAAUACUUCAACCAGGCACCACCCCUUGAAGACAUAGAUUCCCUUGAAGCCAUGGAAUCACGGGUAUCACAUUUCGAAAUCAGAGAACCAGAGGCAGCAUCAACACGUAUUUCUACACUAGUUGUCGGGACGCUUCCAGGAAAAUCUCAGCAGCUACUAAACAAGCAACAGCAAGAACCAUCUGAAACACUGCAUAUGGUGGUAACAGAUAAUGGUGAUCAAAUCUGCGAAGAGCGAGACAACAUAAAUCCAGCAGAUUCUGAAUGGGUUAUCUCCGUGAAAAAAAAACUUGAGCAAGCGCGGGUACUUGACGAAGCAGAAAGUUCACGGGAAAUGCUGUGCAUUUACCGAGUCCCGCACUGCCUGCGAGAAGGCGAUGAGAAGGCUUAUGUUCCCCAGAUAAUCUCCCUGGGGCCUUACCACCAUGGAAACAGUAGCCUUAGCCAAAUGGAUCUCCACAAAUGGCGUGCCCUUCAGCAUGUCCUCAAGCGUAAUAAACAAGAAAUAAAGCUCUAUCUUGAUUCUGUAAAAGAGCUUGAAAAAAGAGCUCGUGCCAGUUACGAUGGAUCAAUCCCUCUUACAAGCAACGAAUUUGUAGAGAUGAUGGUGCUAGAUGGCUGCUUUGUGAUUGAGCUCUUGAUGGGCACUGUCAAAGGAUUCAGGCAACUUGGCUACUCCCCAAAUGAUCCCAUCUUUUCAACACGUGGCCCAAUCCAUUCCAUUCAGCGAGACAUGAUAAAGCUGGAGAAUCAGCUUCCACUCUUUGUACUUGAUCGGCUUCUGGGACUUCAAGAAGAUAAUCCAUGCAAGGAAGGACGUGUAGCGAAGCUGAUACCCCAAUUCUUCGAUGCAUUAAUGCCAACGGAUGAGCCAUUAACGAAGCUCGACGGGAAUGAAUUGCAGUACUCAGAGUCACGAGAUCAAGCCGAAGAGUUUUCGGAUAAAGGUGGGCUUCAUUGCCUAGAUGUUUUCCGGCGAAGUCUCUUGAGAAGAAGCCCUGAACGGCCUCUAAAAUCGCAGAGGUGGAGCAAGAGCUCCACCUUUAUUAGAAGUAUUACUACAGUUAAUUUUGUUGAACGAAGGCAGCAGUUGGUACAUUGUGUAACAGAACUCAGAGAGGCUGGAAUCAAGUUCAAGAAAAGGAAGACAGAUCGAUUCUGGGAAAUCACAUUCGACAACGGAACACUCGAAAUUCCUCGGAUCUUGAUCCACGAUGUUACAAAGUCACUUCUCCUCAACCUUGUGGCGUUUGAGCAGCGUCAUCCUAAUUGCGGCAAUUACAUCACCUCAUAUGCGGUGUUCAUGGACAACUUGAUCAACUCUCAACAGGAUGUGGCUUACCUCCAUUACCAUGGAAUUAUCGAACACUGGCUUGGAAACGAUGCAGAAGUUGCGGACCUCUUCAACCACCUCUGCCAAGAGGUGGCUUUCGACUGCAGAAACAGUUAUCUUUCCAGCUUGUCGGAGGGUUUGAACAAGCAUUUCAAUCAUAAGUGGAAUGUUUGGUUUGCGAGCCUGAAGCACAGAUAUUUCAGCAAUCCUUGGGCCGUUUUCUCAUUAAUCGCCGCCGGAGUCUUGUUGCUGCUUACUUUUUUGCAGACCUUGUACGCAGUCUAUGGCUAUUACCACCCACUUAGGUGAAUCCGGUGAACUGACAAUGAAUGAUUAAUUUAUUACUUUCCAGCCACCUACGAGCGACAAUUCCAGUGUCCCAGAUGAAGGUUUCUAGACUGCUGAUCUUCAAGCCACUGAAGCGAAGCAUUUAAUUAAUUUUAGCUAUUUUAUCUGUUGCAUUUCAGAACUACAUAUAUGGUCCUUUUUUUCUAGUCGUGUAACUUUGUUGUAAGAUCAGUAAUUAAGUAGACUCAUCAUGUACUAGGCGUAAAUUAAUAAAAGAGACUGAGAAUAUCUAAGUU